GACUAGCCUACUGUACUAAAGGAUCUCCGCUGUUUCAUACAUUUGUUUUUGCUGCACUGUAUUAGCCAAGAAAGUAGCCUGGAUGUUGUCCCGACCAAGGAGAUUAAAAAAAUACCCGUCUCACACACCGUCUCCAACAUAAAUCUAUGGAAUUAGGAGUUGGUGCAUAGUUUGUAUCUUAUGUGGCUUGUUAUUUAAGCGUUUAAUUGGCAGUUAUUGUCAUUUUUCCAAGGGGAAGUAAUUUUUCCUCACGCACGUGUUACCUUUUCAUUGCCUAGUUCAUCACUUGAUCGCUCCGUUUGGAGGAAGACCGUGUGUGUAAUGUUAAGAAACUGCGCCGUCUGACGCAAGGACAGGACGGAACUGUGGAACCGCGAUUAUCCUUUUGUGCCGGAGCUUCCUGGAGGAAACCCUUCCACGACUUUGGGAAUAAUGUGAAACGCUGUUGAAUUUCUGUACUGUGUUUUUUUUGGGGACAUCAAACGGUCUAGGAAACGAUGGCGAGUAUUUUGAUUAACGCGUGCCUUGCACUGGUUUUACUUGGAUUUUUCGUGUUCACACUGCCUUCAGUUACGGCUGAGACAGAGGAAGAUGUUGAAGAGGAGAGGUCUUGUCAAGGCGCUUUCGACUUGUACUUUGUCCUCGACAAAUCUGGAAGUGUCAAAAAUCACUGGGGAGAGAUCUAUUCCUUUGUUGAACAUCUGGCAGAGAAAUUUAUAAGCCCAAUGCUCCGGAUGUCCUUCAUCGUCUUCUCAUCUCGAGGAACCACCAUCAUGAAGCUGACGGAGAACAGGGAUGAAAUAAGGAAAGGACUGAAUUCUUUGUAUAAUGAGAAACCAGGGGGCGACACCUUUAUGCACCUGGGGCUUGAAAAGGCAAAUGAGCAAAUAUUCUACGAGAACUACGGGACGGCGAGCGUCAUCAUCGCGCUGACAGACGGCGAGCUGAACCCGCAGCAGUUUGAGACGGCGCAAAUGGAGGCGGAGAGAGCCAGGUCCCUGGGCGCCAUCGUGUACUGUGUUGGAGUCAAAGACUUCAACGAGACGCAGCUGGCCACCAUUGCCGACACCAUCGAGCACGUGUUCCCCGUCAUGGGGGGCUUCCAGGCGCUGAGGGGGAUGAUCGACUCCAUCAUAAAGAAGUCCUGCAUCGAGAUAUUAGCUGCUGAACCGUCGAGUGUCUGCGCAGGAGAGUCAUUUCAAGUGGUGGUGAGAGGGAACGGGUUUUUACACGCCAGAAAUAUCGACCAGGUCUUGUGCAGUUUCAAAGUCAACGACACCAUCACCAUAAACGAGAAACCUGCGGACAUUGAAGACACCUAUCUGCUAUGCCCUGCGCCAGUCAUAGACGAAGUCGGGAAGGUGGUCUACCUACAAGUGAGCAUGAAUGAAGGACUAUCGUUCAUCACAAGCUCUGUACACAUCACCACCACCGAAUGUUUUGAUGGUACAAUCCUCCUGAUCACCCUGCUGAUCCUCCUGCUGUUGUUGGCCCUUGCGCUGAUGUGGUGGUUUUGGCCGCUGUGCUGCACCGUGGUGAUCAAAGAACCCCCACCGCCUCCUCCCCCAGAGCCGGAGUCUGACGACGAGGAUGGGAUGCCAAAAAAGAAGUGGCCGACCGUGGAUGCAUCGUACUACGGGGGCCGAGGCGUUGGGGGCAUUAAAAGGAUGGAGGUGCGCUGGGGUGGGAAGGGCUCCACAGAAGAGGGGGCGAAGCUGGAGAAGCCCAAGAACGCGGUGGUGAAGAUGCCGGAGCAGGAAUUUGAGCCUUACGAGCCCAAACCCAGGAAGCACGGCUGCCGGAGGAGAACCACUGAGAGGAGGUGGUACACGCCCAUCCAGGGCAAGCUGGACGCUCUUUGGGCUCUGUUUCGCCGUGGGUAUGACCAGGUGUCCCUAAUGAGGCCACAACCUGGGGAUCAGGGUCGAUGUAUCAGCUUUACCAGGGUGAAAGAGGAGGCAGCGAGGACACCCCCGCGCGCCCAAAAACCCCCGCCCCCCCCACCGGACUACACACCGCUGAUCCAGCCGCCCUGCAGAGACCCCCCCUCCCUGAGCCGGCCGCCGCCUGGGCCACCCCCGGUUCGCACCCCGCCGGGCCUCCCCGGACCCCCGCCCUCACGGCCCCCUCCCUCCCUAUAGAACCAGCCCUAAGAACAAUCAAGGGCCCCCCCAAAUUCAAGGCCCUGCACUCCUCUCCAAAAAUAGCAGCUAUGGCCAAAAAAAAAUUAAGAAACACAUGAAAUAUAAUAUUUAUUCAAUACCAUGGCUGCUCCCAAGAACUACUAGGAUUGUUGCUGGACAGCAAAGAAAUUAAUUGUUUAAAAAAAAUUUUUUUAAAAGACAACUACUGAAUAUCCACCAAAACGUUUAGGAUAAGGUCAGAUUAGAUUUGUCUUUCAGAUUUGAUUUUUUGUCUUUGGUCUUUACAAAGAUGUGAGAACUGCUGGAAUAAUUUGCCCUUUAACAAGCAGUUGCAAGAAGUCCCAUUUUGUUAAAUGGGUGUUAAAUUGGGGCUGUUUGCUAGCUGUCCCCUUCCCCCUUCUCUGAAUUUAAUAAGUUCUAGUCCAGUAACUGUUUCUUCUUUUUUUUAAAUAUUCUUUCAUUUUUGAACUGGUUAUGUGAACCAGCUAUGUCAAACUAGUUGUAUUGGCAAAUGGCAGAAAAACGAUCAACUAUUGCUUGUACGUGAGGCCGGUUUAUGUAAAGAUUGUGAACAGGAGACCCACAGAUCUUGGAUCGUGAAUUAAUUUCUGUUCAAGCAACAAGUUGGCAGUGAAGCUUUUGGGACGUCCUGAGAACUACUUUUGUUUCGCUGAAGGGAGACUGAAAUGAAUGAACUUAAUGUACAUUUUUUUUUACAGAGAGCUUUUGAAAGGACAAAGGAACGUUUGUGACAGAGUGUAGGAUUCGUCUGGCCGGUUCAUAAGGAAUGCUGUAUCGCCAUAUAAUGUCCAGUUUGUACUUUUUUAGCUUUUAUAGCUUUUUUUUAUUUUACCCCUAUCAGUUAAAACCCAGUAUAGUUAGAAAAAUGCCUCUGGAAACAUUCCACUUUCUACAUCGUUAAAGUAUUUUAUUUUAUAAUGCAGUUCUGAAUAAAAACGAUUCAAUAAACACACUGAAACUGCAGGGCAGUUCAUAACACCUAAUUUAUUAACCCACAGUCUAGAGCCGGGGUGUCCAGACUUAUCCGUAAAAAGGCCGGUGUGGGUGCAGGUUUUUUUUUUUGUUUUAGCCCAGCACUGCAAUCAAGACCUUGAUAAAGGACAAUCAGGUGUUGUAGGGUUGGCCAAAAACAAAAACCUGCACUCACACCGACUCUUUUCGGAUAAAAUUGGCCACCCCUGCUCUAGAAGAAGGUACUUGAAUAUGACAAGGUGUGCUUCUGAGUUCCAGGACACUGUGCGUGUGAUAGCAUUUCAGCUAGCAUCUCUCUACCAGAUAGUACCUUCUGCAACUUCUGCAAAGUUUUUCCAUCGGAUUUUGCUUUGAAUAUGUGGAUCUUUUUCAGCUUCACUUUGUAGCCUACAUCUUGGCACUGCUAAAACAUAUGAGGUGGACAGACUGUCAGAAGAUUGCAUGCAUUGGUUUCACCCCAGCUAACAAAAAAAAAAAAAAAACGUUGCUGCCAUGUUGUGGCAAUGUUAUAACAUUGACAAAACAUUCCAGUA